ACUUCAGUUGCCUCGCGUACGUUGAAUCGUGAACGUCUAUUCCGUUUUGUUCCUUCUCAGUUGCUUGAACACGUUGUUGUAUCUCAUUUUAUCGCGUGCCCUUAUCGGAUUCUGACUAACGCGUAGUUCGCGCCACCGAAUUUCCAAGUGUCUCCGUUCGAGUCCCUUCUUUACCGACCGAUGGACUCGGAACGAAGGAUUUUUGGUGAUCAGUUUUCUCGCACGCGAUGGUCGAGAUUUUCGAUAAUAGUGUAAGAUGCUUCUCCUCGAAGCAUCGUUUGUGAACGGAUCCGUGAGCCAUGAAGUGAAUCGGUGUGCAGUGUCUAGAUUCGUCGAAUGAUCGAAUCUCGUGACUCGUGGAAAGAGGUUUAUGAUCGCUGGCUCGUGGCAUGUGUUGACUCGAUGGUCUUCGAGAGCGUCGAGAUGCGGAACCCGGGGUUCCUCCUCGAAGACGCCAGACAUGGAUAUAUCCAGUAUAUCAGCCUGAGCGAAUGUUACUUCGCGGGCAAGGGCGCGGCCUUGGUUUUACCUCCGAACGAAAGGGCCAGACCUUCGAGAAAGGUUUCCGCAGCAGGAUGCGACAUUCAACAGCACCUGCAAUCUAUGUUUUAUCUGCUCAGACCGGAGGAAACCCUCAAAAUGGCGGUGAAAUUGGAGUCAGUGCAUCCAGGAAGGACGAGAUACCUGGUCGUAGUAUCCUGCACUGGGAGGCAGGAUGCGGAGGAGAGCUGCCUUCUUGGUAUCGAUUGUCACGCUAGGGCGACCGUUGGUCUUGUACUUCGGGUUCUGGCCGACACUGCCAUUACUCUCGACGGCGACGGAGGCUUCAGCGUCAGCGUCUGCGGUUCGCAGCACAUCUUCAAGCCAGUAUCGGUACAGGCGAUGUGGUCGGCCUUGCAGACGUUGCACAAAGUGUCGAGUAAGGCACGCGAACAGAACUACUUCCUGGGUGGGCUGUCACACGACUGGGUCAGUUACUAUGAGCAACGAAUCGAGAGCGAUCGCUCGUGUCUUAACGAGUGGCAUACUAUGGACAACUUGGAAUCUCGAAGACCACCGUCGCCGGACAGCGUACGCACCAAACCCAGAGAAAGGGACGAGACUGAGCGCGUGAUCCGAUCGACGUUGAAGGAGAUCAUGAUGUCCGUGGACCUCGACGAGGUAACCUCGAAGUACAUUCGAGGUCGUCUCGAGGAAGACCUCGACAUGGAUCUCGGGGAGUUUAAGCCAUUCAUCGAUCAGGAGAUGCUCACCAUUCUGGGUCAGAUGGACGCGCCGACUGAAAUAUUUGACCACGUUUAUCUAGGAAGCGAGUGGAACGCAAGCAACUUGGAGGAGCUCCAGAAGAAUGGUGUCAGGCAUAUCCUGAACGUAACUCGAGAGAUCGACAACUUCUUCCCCGGGAUGUUCACGUAUUUGAACGUACGCGUGUAUGACGACGAAAAGACCGAUCUGCUGAAGCACUGGGACGAUACGUUCAAAUACAUCACGAAGGCAAAGAAAGAAGGUUCGAAGGUGCUGGUGCACUGUAAAAUGGGAGUGUCAAGAUCUGCCUCGGUAGUGAUCGCGUACGCGAUGAAAGCGUAUAACUGGGACUUCUCUCAAGCCUGGAAGCACGUAAAAGAGAAACGGAACUGCAUCAAACCUAACAACAGCUUUCUGCUGCAACUGGAGACCUAUCAGGGUAUACUGGAUGCGAUGAAAAACAAAGAGAAGCUUCAGAGGUCCAAGUCGGAUACGAACUUGAAGUCUCCUACGUCGACGAAAGAUCAGUCGAAGAAGGAGGAAAAGUCUGACAACGUGGACAAUGAUUUGCAAACUGUAUCGGGCUUUGAAUUAAAAAAGACCAGCCAGAGGCCGAAAAGUUGGUCGCCGAAUGUGAAAAUUAGCGAAACCAUGUUGCCUUCUGUUCCCCUUUCGCAGUCCCUCGAAAGCAUCGAUAAGACAGGAAGUUCGGAAGUGACCAGAGAAGAUCUGCUACGUUCCAACAACCAGAAGACCAGUAUGUCGCAAGAAGCUCGGAACGUUUUGAUGCCAUGCGGCAACGGACAAUCUUACAGCGUAUCUCAAAACAAAAUCGUCCACCUACCAGGUCCCUCGCCAGACACUCCGACCGUGAAGAACCGAAUUAGCAAGUUAGAAACGCAGCAGGGUCAAAGGAGGAAAGGAUUGGUGCUGAACCUGACGAAUCAAUUCGAAGCAGUCAGCAGCAAGCCGUCUUCUCCGAGUUCUGAUUCAGACGGCGGGAAACCGUUGCCACAGAGUCCGAUCUCCGAACUGAACGAGAAUGGACUCGGUAUGCAGAAGCCUUCGUCGGAAGCUUCGUCUACGGUGGCAGUGAAGCAAAGCGUGUGGGAUCCCGGCGAGAAGCAAAGCAAGAGAACGGAAGUCGGUAGUAAUAGUGAAUGUCUAGUCUGGACUGCAUCAUCGUCCGAUGCAACAUGUACCAAUUCGUGUAGUAACGCUAAGACUAACAGAGAAGUGAGUGCGGAGAGUGAGUGUAUCGCGACGACCACGACGACCACGACAACGACAACGACGACAGUGUAUCCUGGUACGUUAACGCGAAAGACCAAGAAGGACGGUGACCCGUUUAGUACGCACGUUGACCGAGUGUUCGAUCGGGAAGAAAGGCAAGGCGAGCCGGUUACGAGAGACUCUCCGAGCCGACAGAGCUCUUGGAGCAGUUACGACAGUGCCGUAGUCCUCGACAACAAUUCGGUGCACAGCUCCUGGGCCACGUUACCGUCGAGGAACAGUUCUUGGGGCUCGUACGACAUGCGGCCUUCGGAUCUGCUCGGAUCCAGUGGCCUCUUCCCUUACGACAAGGAGGAGAUACCUUGGCACCCAGGCACGGUGAAACGUACCAAGCAAAAGCUCGAGGAGAACACCAGCUCAGGGACGGUGAAACGCGUGUGCACGCAAAAUUCCGACACGGAAGAGAAAGACAGAUUACCAGUUGAGGAAGAAUCGUACAAUCCGGUACUUCUUCAGCAUACCGCGUCGCCAACGCCACGAAGGAGGGAUUCCUCGCCUAGCCAGGAACACGGUUUGAAGGUAGAUCCUGUUAGAAAUUCUCCAAGUCCUAUCAGAGGAAUAGACAUCUCACCAGCGUCGAUUCGUCAAGUUGGAAGACUAUCGACGAGCGCUCCGGCGCCAUCUUCUCUCUCUUCGGACUCGGACUUACCCCUAUCCUUGAGAUCCUGCAGGUCAGAGAGCGAAACAUCCAGUCCGUGCGUGGUCAACACUACUCAGUGUCUUUCGGUGAAGCAACACAAGAUGGUCUUGGAGAACCUGAGUAACAAAUCUAUAUUUAACAAACGUUGUUUGUCGGUAGACGACUCGCCAGACGCCGAGUGUCCGCGAAGUACCUCCGGUAUCGUAAAGAAUCUCAAGAAAGAAUUCGAGGCGAAGUCGACGAAGUUGGAAAAGAGUCCGGAGAACAGCUUCGAGAACGACUCGCCGAUUACGGUCUGUCGACCGAAAAGGGACGUAAAGAUCAGAAGUUUGCCCUCCUCACCGGUGAUUCCCCACAACGAAUCGAAGAUUCAAGCCCCGUCCGAGGUCAAAGAGAAAGAGAAGUCGAGCGCCGACUCGACGACGGCUACUCAGGACAACUUGGAAGACAGGUCGGUGAGAGUUUUGGUUGGUAAGUACGAGGUGAAGCCCGAGUCCAGGAAGUCCUCGGAGAUCCAGCUGCGUGUGCACAAAGACAAGGAUUGGGAGUCGGUGGACUCACAACACAGCAACAAGUCGAAAAUUGGUGUAGAAUAUAGUAGGAGGUCUGCGCCGAUCAUGAUUAACAAUCAUUCAUCUACUCCUCUGUUCAAUGAAGCGCCGGAAGCACCUGGUAGGCCACCAGUCCCAUCGGCUGGUGUUGUGGCAGCUAGUAAGAAGCAGCAACAGCACGGCAGGACGCAUCCUCUUGCCAGGCUGCAGGUCAGGCCUAGGCACAGCAGUCCGGUUUACAACACCAUGUAAGAAAGAAAAAAAGGGAAACGUUUACGCGUUUGGUUGUUUCUCUCUCCCAUUGAGUCGAAUCUAAGCGCUCGUACCUGAAUGCAUGGGUAUGUUGCGUUGUCGUGGCCACGAUGUGAAACUGUGUGAUCUCUAUUUGAUGCCAACGAGUCGAGGAUCGUUUCUCUUCGAGCUCGACGACUAAAUCGACGGGGACACAGGAUUUUUCUAUAGAUUCGUUUCCCACCAUCUCUUCGAUGUACAAUUCUAAUCUUUGCGAGAACGUCCUAUACUAUGCUGUGCGACGAUACGACAGAGCACCCGUAUUUUUUCGAUGCUUCUUCAAACGGACACGGUGUACAAGCUUUUCGUAUCUACCUGGCAGAGCCAUGCUUUUUGUGCGUGCGUGCGUGUGUGUGCGCGUGUUGUGCGUGCGUGCGUGCGUGCGUGCGUGUGUGUGUGUGUGUGUGUGUGUGUGUGUGUGUGUGUGCGCGCGCGCGCGCGCGUGCGUGCGUGCGUGCGUGUGCGUGUGUGCGCGAGCGCCUCUGUGAGUGUGAGUGUGCGUGCGUGCGUGCGUGCGUGCGUGCGUGCGUGCGUGUGUGUGUGUGUGUGUGAGUGAGCGAGUGAGUGAGUGAGUGAGUGAGUGAGUGAGUGAGCAAAAUCAUUUGCGAUGUUUUUGUAUUCGUUAGCUUUAGUGUUAUUGUUGGAGCAAAAUUUACACGGUUUGUAUUCUUUAAUUCCUGUACGAGCAAGUAUUAAUUAUUUGCGAUGUCGAAGAACAGCCCGAAUAAUGAAUAAUAGCUUCUGAAAAACUACGUUUUGUCCAAAUUUUUAGGUAGAAAUUAAUGUGAAUUAGAAAUUAAUUGUAUUUAUCACCGCCAUCCUAUUUAAACGCUACAUAUUAUGUAUUCGUCCAGCAGAGUAUGUUCGCGUGGAAUAUUUAAUAAGCAGUUUGAUAAGCAGAUACAUAGUUGAUAAGCGAAGUGAAAAUGAAAAAGGAAGAAAGACAAAAGAGAAACGACCAGUUUCUACGUUGGUAUAGAUUUCAAGGGAUAUCGAAAAGAUACAAGUGCCUUGUCCUACCGUCAACGACUGUAUACAUAUAAUUGUAAAAAGGCACGUUCAAGGUCCUUCAACGUUUUAUGUUCCUUCUUCGUCAGACGUGUCCUUGGCCUGCUCUUAAUUAGUUCAAUUAUUUUUUAAGCUGGAAAUGCAACAAUUCUCGGAGGACGCGGAAAACACUGUUAUUCCUACGACGUGUCGUCACCUAAUAGACCUAAUAUGGGCUUGGAAUCAAACGUGAUGUGUUGUGUAUGCGGGGAUGUUGCGUAGAAGUUGGAGCCAGCGUGUUCUUGAAUCGGGACACAAGAUAGCGUCGGCUCCGGUCAGGCUGUGAACGAAAGGUCCGGGCCUCGCGUUAUGUACUAAAAUAUCGCUCUGACUCCUUCUUCUGCUGUCUACGUUGUGAUCGCCGAGGCGUAUGCAAGAUACAGAUUCUAUACAUAUAAAGAGACGCACCUCGGAACGACGACGUGUAACGUUUAAGCUGUACUAAUUAGUAUUUUAGAGUGAAAGAUGUGAUUAGAAUGGUGCACAGUAUGCGAGGAGAGACGAAAGUAAUAACUCGCCCCCACCCUACACUCCCCUUUAUCCCGAGGGGAGCUGCCUCGAAUCGUUUGAACGAUUUGAUCGGUUCUUCUACUCUCUUUAUACUCAUGUCAGUUUGUAUAUCGUGUGUAAAGCAUCGUCGCGCGAAUCCAAUUUCUUUCAUGUAUAUUUCAUUUUCGCUUUUCAAUUCGAUCGUCCUGUCUUAUUUCUUCUUCUAUUCUUCUCUUUCUGUUCCCAUUUCCCCUCUUUAUGCUCUUUGUUCCUUCUCCCCUUUUUCUUCAUUGACCAGUGACGAUAAUUGUUUAUCGAAGAUUUUACCGUAAUUGCAACUUGAGAAAGUACAAUGAGAAACGCGGCUCGAUAUCAACGUUCGUCGUUCUUAGACAUAUCAUCGGACCGUUCAUUCUUAUUUGCAUUCGCAAAGCCAUGUCGACCAAUUUUAUACUACUGUCCUAAUAUUGAUGAUGAUGUUCAUGAUGAUGAUGAUGAAGAUGAAGAUGAAGAUGAAGAUGAAGAUGAUGGAUGAUGAUGAUGUUCAUGAUGCUGGUGAUAAUGAUAAUGAUGAUGAUGAUGAUGAUGAUGAUGAGGUUGUUGUUGAUGAUGUUGAUGAUGAUGUCGAUGAUGGCGGUGGUGGUGAUGAUGGUCAUGAUGAUGAUGAUGAUGAAGAUGAAGAUGAAGAUGAAGAUGAAGAUGAUUGAUGAUGAAGAUGAAGAUGAUUGAUGAUGAAGAUGAAGAUGAUUGAUGAUGAUGAUGAUGAUGAUGAUGAUGAUGAUGAUGAUGGUGGUGGUGGUGGUGAUGAUGACGGUAAUGAUGAUGAUGAUGGUAAUGAUGACGACGGUGGUGGUGGUGGUGAUGAUGAUGAUGAUGAUGAUGAUGAUGAUGAAUGCGAGGCUCAUUUUUUGAUAAGAUGCGCCGUGACCGUUGUGUGCGUAGAGAUAUAUUUUAUUAUUGAGAUAAUUUUGCGGAUAAUUUUCUCAUACGUUUGUUCUAACCUCUGUUCGUUCUUCCUCGGAAGAAACAGAUCCGGGGUGUGAAACUAUCCUGAGACCGAAUGCUACUGAAAAACUGUAACACAUUAAGUUAGAAUAAAAAUGUUACAUUGCCAA